GUUUCCCGCGGUCCUCUAGGCAUCUAGGCGCGCUGUGCUGAUGUCUCGUUAGAGGAGCAGUCUGGAAGAGGGAUGAACUGGCUCGUAACAGCAGCGAACCAACUCUGAAUAUUAAACCCGAACGAAACAAUCUUGGGGAAGUAGUUUUUUUUCUAUGGAAGUCGGAAAGAGGAUUGCUUUCAAAGUCUUCUCAACUGUGCGUCUCCCGGACUCCCACACAGUCAUGUAAAAGCCGGAUUUUGGCGCAUGGUUCAGCAGGUUAAAAGGGCUCACUCGUGAUGGUGGUCUGUAUGGGUGAGAUACAGAGCCAUGGCAAAGGGAAUGAUGGAUAAAAAAGACAUGUGUCAGCCCACGUCGCACCAUUGCCACUUGCUUCUGGGUGGGGCCUUGCUGCUCCUGCUGGUCAGUUCAGGCCUGAGCUGCCCCGCUAGGUGCGAGUGCUCUGCCCAAAGCAAGUCGGUCAGCUGUCAUCGGAAGCGCCUGCCCUCCAUCCCCGAAGGCAUCCCCAUCGAGUCGCGAGUCCUGGACCUCAGUAAAAACAAGCUACGGAUCAUCACACCGGACAACUUCUCCUCCUUUCUGCAGCUGGAGGACCUCGAUCUCAGUGAUAAUCUCAUUAGUGUUGUUGAGCCUGGAUCAUUUCGUUCACAGCUUGCUUUGCGCUCCCUCAACUUUCGCAGCAACUUGAUUCAAUUGGUCCCUGCUGGUGUUUUGUCAGGCCUGACCAAUCUUACACGCCUCGACCUAAGCCACAACCGACUGGUGGUUCUCCUGGAUCAUGCUUUUCAAGAUUUGCGCAGGUUGUCUUCACUAGAAGUAGGGGAUAAUGAGCUUGUGUUUGUUUCUCAACGGGCCUUUACUGGGCUGCUUGGACUACAAAGUUUGACAUUAGAACGUUCAAAUUUGACAGUGAUCCCUACUGAUGCUUUAGCUCACCUGCACAGCCUGGUGGAACUGCGAAUGCGCCAUCUGAGCAUCAGUUUUCUAAAACCAUCCUCUUUUAAAAGGCUGUCUCGCCUCCGCCACCUGGAGAUUGAUUACUGGCCCUGGUUGGACGCACUGCCACCACAUUCACUGCAUGGCCUCAACCUCACCUCAUUGUACAUUACCAACACUAACCUAUCUGCCUUUCCCGGUGAUGCACUGCGCAGUUUGCCCUACCUCACACAUCUUAAUCUCUCUUUCUGUCGCAUCAGGCACAUCCAACAGGGGGAGCUUGGGGAGUUGCCAUACCUGCUGGAACUCCGCCUCCAAGGCUCUCAGCUGCUGUCUGUGGAGUCCUUUGCUUUUACAGGCCUCAAGUCUUUGCAGCUCCUGGAUGUGUCACACAAUCGCCUGGACUCUCUGGAGAGGGAGGUAUUUGGCUCUCCAGACAGCCUCCAGAGGCUCUGUCUAGGUGGAAACCCAUUAGUGUGCGACUGCAGGUUGCUGUGGCUGCUCAACAGCCAUAAGCCCCCUUCCCUGCACAUCCUGGAUGUCCAGCCUGAGUGCAGUGCCCCCGAGCACCUCCAGGGGAAAUCUCUUCGAGAACUCAGGGAGCCCCUUGUCUCCAGGUACAUGACCUGCACCAAACCAAGGAUUGGGCCCAACACAACUCAGCUUCUCAUGGCUGACGAGGGCCAGCCUGCCCGGCUCAGCUGCACAGCAGAGGGAGCACCACGGCCCUCAGUGGUCUGGAUUACCCCUCACAGACGUCACAUCACAGCUAAGAGCAGCGGCAGGGUGGAGGUCCAAGCAGACGGGACCCUGGAGAUCAAGGCCACAGAGCUGCAUGACAGCGGGGUGUACUUAUGUAUUGCCAGUAACCCUGCUGGCAAUGCCAGCCUGUCAGCCUCUUUAGCUGUGAAGAGCUUGGGCUUUGGGGACAGAUUUCACUAUAGCAACAGGAGCUCAAACUAUCUGACAGACUCUAACAACACUUGGGGAAAUGGAACAGUAUUGUACAACAUGACAGUCCCCAUAGACAUAAAGACUAUAAUUAUUUCCACAGCCAUGGGCUGCCUGUCAUUCCUAGGUGUGGUUGUCUUCUGUUUCCUGCUCCUUUUUGCCUGGAGUCGAGGAAAAGGACGGCAUAAGAACAACUUUGAUAUUGAGUAUGUCCCUCGUAAGUCUAACGGGGCGACUUCAGAUGUGGCUGAAACCAGCGGCCCACGUCGGGUCAACAUGAAGAUGAUUUAAACAGAGUGUGGCAGACACAUACACAGUGCACACAUAUUAACGGAAACACGUUUUCUAUGACUCAGUGGAUUUGUGACAAACGAAAAUGAUGUAUCUGUAGUGGCUGUUAAUAUGAGGGUGAUCUCGUGCUCAAGUGGACAUGUUAAUAUAAAAGUGAUAUAUGAAACUGUGGACGUGUUUAUAUGAAAUAAUGUUCUCAUUCAGUACAUUGAAUAUAAUACUAUAACCAACAUAUCAAUAUGGGAGUGAUAUAGUGCUGCACUAGGCAUGUGUUUCAGUGGUGAUGUAAUGAGUAAUGAUGUGACAUCGAGGUGAAGGUUUGAGCCACUGAGAGUGACAGGGGACAUCUUUGGCUGGCAGUAGACCUAUCAUUGCAAAAUGUCCACACUAAAUUGUCUUAUAUCAUCUUAGCUGCUGUAUGAAAGAUGUGACUUCUGUUUGUGUGUGAGCGCCUGGGUGCAUGUUGCAUUCAUGUGUUUCAUUGUGCAUGUGCACGUAUUGCCUUUUUUGUCGGUCUGAACAGUUUAAAUGAUUAAUAGGGUCCAAUACAUUCUAUCAGGCCGUUGAUUUUGCUAAGUUGGUGUAACAACAGUAUUGUCACUGUUGAGCCAACCACAAUUAUAAAUGUUUGUAUGCAAAUGACAUUAUUGUACUGAAGAAAAUGCUGCAGAUUUUUUUUAAAUCACCCACUUGUAAUGAUUCCAAAGUUAGAUAGGGAUUUUUCUAAUCUUAAAGUAGAUUCACUUGUUACUGUGUGAAUUGUGUCAGCUUUGUCUUUACCAUAGAGAUAUGCCCUCCAGCCACUGCACUUUACCUGAAGAAUAGCAGUGUUCGGUCCUGUUAUUGCUCUUGAAAAGCUCUGAGCUAUAGAAACGUCACGUUAAACCCAUUUUAUAACAUUAUAAAUCAAAGGCAGAUUUUCCUGCCACACAAAUCCCUUGAUAUGAUAUAAAAUGGAGUGUGGCCAGGCACAAUGGCAAAGAUUUACUGGCCAGCGUCUUCUUUGGGACAAGACAAAGUUGAGUUUCACAGAUUUAUGGGUAGAAUUUCCCCUUCUCAUUUUUCUUUGACCACACCAAUUCAAGCUUGCGUGUCUGGGAUCUUCCCUGGGGCAGUAGGGGGUUCAGGGUAUUUCAUAGAUGGCAAGUUGAAAGUUAUAGUGGAUUCUUGUAUUGUUAUUUUUCUUUGUUCUAAAAUGUUUUCAGUGUGAAAUAAGAAAAAAAACAAAAAACUAAGGGCAAUUCUUUGUAACACAGGGGUGUGGGUGUUAAAUUGUGAUCCUGUUGUGAUAAAAUGUUCAAGGUUGUAUAAUUGUUUUCAUAUGACAAAUUUAUGGGUAUAUUUUCAAAAGGAAAUAAAUUGUAACCAUACCCCU